AUGGGAACUAGCUUCGAAUGCGGCUUCUUCCUUCCCAAGUUCGACUGCUCUCCUACCUGGGCAAUAACAUUACUUGCUAUGAAGGUGGUCAUCAUCGGCGCUGGUCCAUCCGGCCUUGUGACCUGCAAAUCCCUCCUUGAGGCAGCGGACACGGAGUUUCUAUUUGACCCAAUCGUCCUGGAACAAGAAAAAAGUAUUGGGGGAACGUUUAGAUAUCGUUCAUACGAGUUUUCCAACUUGGUGUCCUCCAAGCAGUUGACGAGCUUCUCGGAUUUCCGCCUGCCACUCUCUCACCCUGACCAUUUGACGCUAGAUCAAUAUGUGGAAUAUCUCGAGAGAUACAUCGAGCACUUCAAGUUAGAAGCCCGGAUUCAACUCAAAUGCAAAGUCGUGAAAAUUCGACGUGUCUCGCAUGGUCAACACGAGGUAUCUUUUGUGCGAAGAGAAGAAGAAAGAGGGGAGUGGAGGACAACUGCCGAAACCAUAGUGGCAGACUAUGUCGCCGUUUGUGCCGGCCUCCAUGUCACUCCUUCUAUCCCUUCUAUCCCGGGGGUUGAAAACAUACUCAAGCACCGCCCAGAGGGCGAGCGUCAUACCCCCGCCGUCUUUCACUCGAUUGAUUACAAAGUCAGGAGUCAGCUGGCUGGAAGACGGGUUAUGAUCCUCGGUACAGGGGAGACUGGGAUGGAUCUUGCGUACGAAGCCGUCAAAGCAGGAGCUGAACAAGUGGUCUUAUGUUCUCGGGCUGGCUUCUUAUCAAUUCCAAAGGCCUUGAAUGAUUUCGAGAUACUGGGCUUCAAAUUCGCAUCGAAGACGCCAGUACCCAUUGAUUCGUUAAUCACGAAUUUAGGGGAAACAGCAUAUGUGCAUCCCUGGAUUGCUAGGUCUCAUCUCAGAUGGUUCGUGUCGGAUUUCGUCAUCAAACACGUCUUGUGGCUUUUGACAGGAACACGGGUGGGCUGUAAUCAAUGGGUUGGGGAGUUGGCACCGGAGAGACUGGGAAGGGCAUAUGUGUUUCUCAACAAAUCCCACAAGGCGAUGCCUUACCUGAAUCGACCUUACCGUAAUCGACCUUGGUAUAUGGAAUAUAUCUCUCGUUACAUCGACCCACCGGAAGACUCUCCGCCCAGAACGGAUUUUGUGGUGGAACUCGCUCCAUUCCCAAGCCACAUUCUCCCGAAUGGCCGUGUCGUUUUCAAGUCCAGUCGCCGCAAAGAUGCUAUACGGAUUUCCAAGAUGGAUAUCAGACCCGACACCGUGGUCUAUGCGACUGGCUAUACUCAGCAAUUUGACUAUCUCGACGAAGCUAGCGAAUACCCUGUUCCUAGCGAUGCAGACCUUCGAAGCAUUGCCAAAACCGGCGAUGAAAGCAUUGGUUUCAUUGGCUAUGUACGCCCGGGCGUUGGUGCUAUACCACCUCUCGCCGAGAUGCAGGCGUUUUUCUGGAUCUCUUUGAUCAAGAAAGAAGUAAACCUACCCCUCUUCCCUUCACAUUAUCAUCUCCUGGCCCGCAAAGAGGCUAGGAUUCAAUAUGGUGUCGAUCAUUCCUCGUACAUGAGCACACUGGCAAAAGAUAUCAGUGCUGCUCCAGGCUUGUUCUAUCUCUUGUUUCAACACGGACCGCGCAUAUUGCUCUGCUACUGUUUUGGUGCUGCAUUCACUCCCUUCUACCGCCUCGUAGGCCCAUACAGAUCAGAGACGGCUCCGAAAGUCAUCCAAACGGAAAUCUGGGAAACAAUAACGAGGCGAGGGAUUUUAGGCAACGUCUUGAUGGGAUUGAUACCUAUGAUCUUUUAUUUAACCUUGAACGCAUUCGCGUACCUCCUUGGAAUACUCUGGCAGGGCCUUGGGGGCACAGUAUAA